UAUAGAUCCAACACAUUAUAUUCUCUUUGCUUAUUAUAUUAAUUGCAAAAUUUAUGAUCUUAUCUGUAUUCUGCUCAAAUAAUAAAUAUAGUAUCCAUUUCCUAAUUUCCAAAUGAAACAGAAAUGGACUCAAUUGAGGAAGAACAAUGUUUACAACAGUGUGAAAACUAUAUACAAAACCAUAAUAUACAAUUACUGUUAAAAGAAUGCAUCGUUCAACUUUGCUUGCAUAAGCCUGAGAAUCCUAUAGUCUUUUUAAGGCAAUAUUUUCAAAAGUUAGAAAGAGAGCAAGUGAAAGCUGCAGCAGCGGCAGCGGCAACUUCCGAAGGAGAGGCAGAUGGUGAAUUAUCACCUUUGCCUGUGCCUGGUGGGCAGUUACCACGCAGACGUGGAGGCAUUAGUGCUGAACCAGUUACAGAGGAAGAUGCAACAAGCUAUGUUAAAAAGGUGGUGCCAAAAGAUUACAAAACUAUGGGAGCGCUAUCCCGAGCGAUAGCAUCUAACGUGUUAUUUACACACUUAGAUGAAUCAGAACGCGCGGAUAUGUUCGACGCCAUGUUUCCAGUACAAUGUCUGCAAGGAGAAACUGUCAUAAGGCAAGGGGACGAGGGGGACAAUUUCUACAUAAUCGAUUCUGGUGAAGUUGAGGUGCUGGUGAACGGCGAGGUGGUGACGACGAUCGGCGAGGGCGGCAGCUUCGGCGAGCUGGCGCUGAUCUACGGCACGCCGCGCGCCGCCACCGUGCGCGCGCGCUCUCCGCUCAAGCUGUGGGGGCUGGACCGCGACUCCUACCGCCGCAUACUUAUGGGCUCCACCAUCAGGAAGCGCCGCAUGUACGACGAGUUCCUAUCGCGUGUCUCUAUUCUAGAGAGUCUAGAGAAGUGGGAGCGUCUCACCGUGGCCGAUGCGCUGGAGCCGGUGUCGUUCAACGAAGGAGAAACGAUCGUGCGACAGGGUGAGCCCGGUAACGACUUCUACAUCAUCGUUGAAGGCACCGCGGUGGUGCUGCAGCAGCGCGGUGCGGGCGGGGACGCGGUGGAGGUGGGGCGGCUCGGCCCGUCCGACUACUUCGGGGAGAUCGCGCUGCUGCUGGACCGGCCGCGCGCCGCCACCGUGCGCGCCGCCGGCCCGCUCAAGUGCGUCAAGCUGGAUCGCGCGAGGUUUGAACGAGUUUUGGGUCUCUGUGCUGACAUCCUUAAACGAAAUAUUGCACAGUACAACAGUUUUGUUUCUCUAUCGGUUUAACUUUUUAUUAAUAAAAAUAAUGUAUAAAGAUAAACCUAAAUUAUCCAACAGAAAUGAAUAAAAUUGUUAUACUAAUUAUAAAACAUAAUGUUGGAAUAAAUAAAAAAUAUUUGUGUAAAUAAAAUAGGUGGACACAAUUCUAUUUCUAUGUUUUGCACUACUUCGAAUAUCAAGAUAACUCUCACUAGGUAUAAGUUAAAAGUAAUAUUGCUUAUUUUUUAACAUAAAAUAAUAUUAUGAUUAAUUUAGAUGUUGCAUUUGUUUUUGCGGUACUCUAUUCAAUGGGAGCUAUCUUUAUUAAAUCUUAACAAAAUAGACUUAAAAAUAUUUAUUGUCACUGUUAUUUAGUUAUUAAUAUAUGUUCAAUAUAGUUUGGCCAUCAAAUCAUAUUAUUU